AUGUUUUUACGUGAUCACAUAUUCACGCAGUUUGGGGUGCCUGAAAUUAUUCAUACGGACAAUGGCAGGCAAUUCACGUCUAAUGAGUUUGCCGAGUUCACGAGUAAAUAUGGAUUCACUCACCAGAAAGCCGGGAACUAUGCGCCACAAGCGAACGCGUCCGAGCGGGUGAACCAGUUUGUACUAGCGGCAAUACGGAUCCAUGUUGGCGACAAUGCGCGAUGGGACGAACAACUACCCGAAAUAGCGGCAGCACUACGCAGCGCGAUACACAACAGGAUCGGAACGUCGCCCUACUUUGCCAUGUUCGGACACCACAUGUUCACGAACGGCGCGGACUACAAAUUGGCACGCAGGUUAAAAGCCGUGAGCGACACGGAGGUGCAGAACUUGGCCCGUGUCGAAAAGCACCAGAUUUAUAGAGCCAGGAUUCAGAGAUAUACAAGCGUAACUUCAUCCUUAGUGACUUCGCAAAAGGCCGCAACGCCAAGCUCUGCCACAAGUACGCCAAGUGCAGAGUCGUAG